AUGGCCGCCUCCCACGGAGACCUCCGCCACCUCCUCCCCCCAACCUACAAACGGCUCAUCACCACCUGGCUCGAAGAAGACUGUCCCAGUUUCGACUAUGGCGGGUUCGUCGUGGGGGAUUCGGAUAGUGAGGCGCGGUUGUUGGGGAAAUCGGAGGGCAUCGUAGCGGGAAUUCCGUUCUUCGACGAGGUGUUUUCGCAGCUUGGUUGCACAGUCGAAUGGCACAUCAAAGAAGGCCACCCCCUCCCCCCCACCCAAAUAACAACCUGCGCCACCGUCCGCGGCCCCAUCCGCAAAAUCCUCCUCGGCGAGCGCGUCGCCCUCAACAUCCUCGCCCGCUGCUCCGGCAUAGCCACCAAGUCCUCCACCCUGGUAUCCGCCCUCCGCGCCCACGGCUGGACCGGCACCCUAGCGGGAACCCGCAAGACAACCCCCGGGUUCCGCGUCGUCGAGAAAUACGGUAUCCUCGUUGGAGGCGCGGAUCCCCACCGCCAUGAUCUCAGCUCGAUGACGAUGCUGAAGGAUAAUCACGUUUGGGCGUGUGCUAACAAUGCGUCCUCUGGUGCCUCAACCACCGGUUCUAAAGACGGCGACGAAACUGCUAUAGCAGCAGCUAUCCCCCAAGCCGUCCAAGCCGCCAAAUCCGUCGGCGGCUUCUCCACAAAGGUAGAAGUCGAGUGUCGGAGCAUCGACGAAGCAAACGCUGCGAUAGGCGCCGGUGCAGACGUCAUCAUGCUGGAUAAUUUCUCCCCGGAGGGCGUCCGCGACGCUGCGCGCCAGCUGAAGGAGAGAUGGCGCCAGCCUGGUUCUUCUAGGGCCUUCCUGAUAGAAGUUAGCGGGGGGUUGAAUGAGUCCAAUGCGGCGGCGUAUGCUUGUCCGGAUGUGGAUAUCUUGUCGACGAGUUCGAUUCAUCAGGGGACGGGCAUUGUAGACUUUUCGUUGAAGGUUUCGUUGCGGUGAUUCUUCUUCUUUUUCUUCUUAUUUUCUUUUUUUUUUUUUUUUUU